AUGGCACCAAAAGCUAAAAAGGGCUCAGCCAAGAAGCCCAGUGCUCCAGGAGCCGCAUGUCACAACAAGAACUGGGAGGCCGGUCUCACCAGAGCUCCGUUUGAAGAGGAGUCAUGGAACGCCUGUGUGUCUUUGGUGGUUGGGGAAAGUCCAGAGGCUGAGGAACUGACCCAGGUCCUGUCUUUGGCUGUGCAGAAACCAAUACGCAAACUCUUCAACCUGUUGACCUGGGACAGCACCCUUGCAAAGAUCAAUGAACUGGGGAAUCCCAAGGCGAAAAAACCCGAUGACAUCCCCCUGUUCUACGAGGUCACAGAGCCUGCUAAGGUGCUGCUGGACGCAGGAGAGGAAAUACCUUGUGACUUGAUGGCAAAAAUACUGAAGUUCCAGCUGCUAAGGAUCAAAGCCAAUGAUCAACAGAGGAGGGAAGCUGAGCAGGCUGAGGAGGAGAAGACAGAGGCCGGACCUCCCCCCGCCAGCAAGGACAAAGGAGGGGCAACGGUCUCUGACAAAAAGGGAAAGAGGGCGCAUUCACCUGUGUUACCUACUAAAGAGAAGACCAAGCUCAAACACAGGAAUGAAUUUGAGCCACCAAAGUGGAUCGAUGACGAACCACAGGAUGGGCCUCAACACUACAUCUUGCUGCUGGGCUUCUACCAGCCCCACCUGAUUGGGGCGCUCGAUGCCAUAGGUGUACAUGUAGCCAAUGUCAUUAAACUGUGUUCUGGGCACACACAGACUUCUGAGGGCAACCAGCAGACUUUUACUUGUAUUCAAACUCCCCAGCAUACCCAUCAUGUGCAUGUUGUUGUCCACAUUACAUGACGCUCUCCUUUGGUUGUGCUGGAAGCAGAGGUUCAUGGCAGUGUAGAGCUGGCUGAGCCGCCCAGGAAGUUGGAUCUAUUCUGGUCAGGUCUGAGAGCAGUUUUGGACAGCGGGCCACCAAACUCCAAGCUCCAUGAUGUGGUUCAGAUCAGCUACACUGUCCCAGACGGCCGGCCUCCCCUCCACACACAGGACCCUGAGGCCGAGCUAGAGAUGGGAAGCUGCAUCUUUGAGGGUGUGGCCAAGCUCAUCUAUGACUGUCUGGACUGGCGCAGGCAACAUCAGCACUACCUGCACAGCAUACAACUCCUCAGUGUACCUACUGUUGCUUGGUUGGAUCCACAGCCUGCAGAGGUUGUGGCAACCCCUCACCCCCUGACUCCACGCUCCAAAAAGAAAUCAGUGCGGGAGGAAAGGCAAGACCAAGAGACCCAGCGGCCUCCUCUCUCUACAGAAGUGGACAUGCGUUACUAUUGCAACCUUCUCGACCUGGUUCCACCCGAAGUCUGCUCUGUGCCUCUGAUCCUGCACUGCAUGCUGGAACAGGUGGUGAUUUCAACAGAGGAGUCUUUGCCCACCGUGUCCUGUGUGGCUGAGGCCGAACCUCACAACGGCCUCGGGUUAGACUCUCAGCUGAUCAGCUUCAUGCUCCAAAGCUUCCUGCCUCUCGUACACACAAAGGUGGAGAGAAGCCACAUGUUAAAUAGUUUGCUGACGACAGCACAGAAUGAAGAAGACAAGAAGAGGCUUGAGGAGAAGUUUGGAGUAGAGGAGACCCAGAAGAAGUCUGAGCACCCUCUGGUCAUCAGGCACCAUAAUGAGAUGGCAAUGCGCUUGAGGGAUAUCAGUGCGGUCCAGGGUUUUGAUCCAGCAGAGGUGGAGCUGUCCAUGAUGAGGAGGUCUCCAGUGUGGGAGCUGAUCCAGUCUGUAGCUCGGCCGAGAGACAGCAACUCUUGCUGGAUGGCGAUCAAACAGCAGCUUCAGCACUACUGCACAGAUGAUGUUGUAUCAUGGCUGGUGGUGGAGCGUUUGAUUCAUCAGAGUGUGUUUGAGAGUAUGCCACUGACCAGGCUGGGCCCAAACGGUGUACUGCAGAAUGCUCCUGGACCUCUGGGACCACUGUACCCAGCACAUCAACAGACACCCACAAUAAUCCCCUGGGACAACCCACUAUCUUACGCUAAACAGCAGCGUAAUAUCCUACACACUAAAGGGACGACAUUUCUCACCGAAGACCCGAGUAACACAGAGGUGUGUUUAGGGAAAGUGUGUUGCCAGCUGGACUUGCAUGACAUUCAGAGUAGUCGGCUGAGAUCUCUGUUUGACUGGCACUAUACUGAACACCACAGUGCCUCCAUCUUCCCACAGGUACUCCAGUCGGCAUCAGAAGAAUACCGCUGCUUGGACACUUUCCGAGGAAGUCAUAACAACAUCCUGUACAUUUUUUGUCACAAUCCAAUGAGCCCUUAUCGCCAGUGCAAAGAGUUCUGGGAUGUAACCCUUCACACCGAUGUCAAGUUCAGGAAGUACCUGGAGCACGUGGCAGAUACCAUUUCAGAUUGGACAAAAGAGGAAGAAUUAAAGAGAGAGGCAAUGCAACUCCGAGAUCUCAGCCCCGCUGAGCCUCCAAGAGACAAAACGGCGACAUAUUCUGCAAAAGAGGAGGACACUGUGGAGCCAGUCAUCAAAAUAGGCUCCCUUAAAGCCUGUAGGUUGAAUCAAGAGCAGCUAAAGGUGGAGGAGAUGACCAAGAAAUCAAAGAAGGAGGAUACAACAAAAGACAAGCAGCAAAAGGAGAAGUCUAUGUUGACGGACGGCAAGAAAAGUAGAACUACGUCAAGUGCCAAGAAGAACCGAGCAGAGACAGCUGCCAGUUCAGCCAAGACUCCCACACAGUCCAUUACUACCACAGCGCACCCUGUGGAGAAGAACAAAGAACUGCAUCCGACAGAGGAGCCCUUCAAUGCUUUCGCAGGCUACAGCAUGGAUGGAAGGUUGAUCCAUGUGUCAGGUCGUUGCCAGUACGUUUUCCCUUCAGAUGGAGGACAAAUCACUGUGGAGAACGUCAGCUAUGUUGAAGGUUCCAGCCUAAUGAAAGUGGCGGUGAAGAAGGAUGGGCAUCAUUUCUACACACACAUCAAUCAAGUUGUUGUUGAUCCAGCAAAUCCUCACCCCCGGGACAAAGAAACCGAUGGUAGAAAAGAAGAUGUUAAUAUGUCAAAGCCUGUGGAUAUAAAAAGAGUGAAGCAGGGCUCCCUCUCGGCAGAGUUGGACAAUGGAAUCCACCUCUCAUACAGUUUCUAUGGUCCUACGGGAGAAUGCAGAGUGGGUGCCCAGGAAACCGCGCGAGGGCCCCCAGGGACCGCUGCCUUUGUCCCCACCCCUCCCUCCUCCUCCACCCACUGCUCCAAGGUGACAGACCGGAAUUCAAUUCCCUCCAAGACUGACAGCCCAGCCAGCCAGACCAGACCUCCAGAGUCCCAGGUUCCACACACGCAAAUGGAUGCACAAAAGAAUACCGCGGGGGAAAUUGAUAUUCAAACAAAGUCUAAGGUGUGUGAAGGCCAGGAGGCAUUGAUAUCAAGUCCAUUCAACAGUCUCAACCUGUCGGUUCCUAAUGGCAUGAUGCUGCAAUUUCUGCGAGAAGAUGCACAAGGAGUGUCCUCAGAAGAGCAGGGUAUGUUGGUGAAACAGGGCUUUCCUCUUCAUGGUAGGGGAGCUGUUGGGCAGCUUCAGGACCCUUCCCUCUCCAAAGAACUGUCACGCAUUGUUAAUUACCAAGGAGCCGUGAUCCGAUACAUGAGAGAUGGGUCCACAGAGGUUCUGUUUGCAGAUGGGUCAGUCAGUUUCAGCCAGGAUUCUGGUCCCGUGUGGGUUCCUGACUCUGAGGUGGAGGAGGAAAACACCUCUCAAGAAACUGAGGACAACGAGAAAGAGCAGAGCUUAGAGAAGGAGCCUGAUAAUCAGAGAGGGUGCUGGCUAACUACGACUCCAUCUGGAGCUCGCAUCCACACGGUGGGGACCACACACAAACACAUAGCCACCACUCCUCUUCUCGCCUUCAAGGCUUCAGACCCCAUCACCCAUGAGGUGAUGCUGAGCCGGGAGGAUCUGGUGGUUUCUGUCCAGAACCCAGACGGAUCUCUAAGUGUAGAACAUGCAGACGGAACCAGGAUCACCCGUCUUUACCGAGACAGACCACCAAGCACGCCGCAACAUAUACUGCUCCACACAGGGGAGCAGCCUGAGAGCGUGACCCUUAAAUCACCUUCUGAAUGUGUGUGCGGCUGCAUUGAGUGCGUGUGCGUCACCCGCUGUGCGGACAGCCGUCGUGAGAACGUCCCCUUCCAGGAUACUUGUGACAGUGGAGAGGAGAUUAGCGGGGACAGUGCAGGGAAAGCGUGUGACGACGAGGAUGCUGGACAUGCUUCUUCAGAACGUGAGCGUGUGUGCGAUGGAAGAGAACGUGGUGCGGAUGGGACUGGUGAGGAGAGCGUGUUUGCAGAAGAAACUGUGGCUGAGAAUGCAAAGAGGAGUGCGCGUGAGAGCGAUAAGGGGAGUGUGUCUACCAAGGAGCGGGUGGUGUUGGUGGAGAAGGAGGGCUACCCCACAGUGGUGAUGUACCCAGAGCGACACACGGCUCACGUCUUUUUGGCUGAUGGAACUGUCGUCACUGGGAACAACCAAGGAGCCUAUCAGAUGUUCCCAUCCAGUACGGGGCUCAUACAGAUCCAAAGUGAUGGGAAGUGUGUGUACUCAUCUGACCCACUUGUAACCCCCAGUCCAAAGGGUUGCACUCCCACAAACCAACCAGGAAGCUACACCAUGAGUCAUACAGACAUAGUGGCCUGUGACAUUACAGACCCUGAUGGGAACCACUUUCAGGUGAUGGAAGAUGGACAGUUAUUAGUCUUGAAUUGUAGCCCGGCUCCGAGCACACUUAAACAGAAUGAGGCGCAACCAGAGGGGGAGGAUGAGGAGGAGGACAGAGAAAUGGCCAAGAUUAAUGGAAAACACAGAGAACAUUGUCCCAGGCUGUUCCUGGUGCAUGAGGACGGCUCAGGUACUGAACUACUGAGCUCUCAAACUGCAGAGGAGCUGCUUUACCAGGCAUAUGCUGACCCGAACAUAGCACUGCUGAAGGAACCACUGGCAGACACACAAGAUGAGUUUAGCAUUACCAUCUUGAAGCCCAGCCACGAGAGCGUCUGGUCCCAGUGGUUGCUAGGGAAACAAAACCCUGACAUCACCCCGGCCAACCUCCGAAACCGCAGCUGGCAUGACUUCCCUAGAAUAGAGAAGAAGAGCCCAGGUCCUCCGUUUGGUGUUGACAUGGGACGAGGUUUGACUCUGAUUGACAGGUCCGGUGCUUCUGCAGCACAGCGGCAACCUCUCAGAAGCUGCCCUAAAGUCCUGGAGAUGAGGGAACUGUACCAGCGCCGACCAUUCACCACACCACUCAAAAAUACUAUCGACACACGACUGACGGAAUACAUCGAGAGUUUGAUGGUGAGGGAGCUGCGAUCAGAGGAGGUGGACCUCAAAGACCCUCGCACUGAGGAGGAGAGUGCUCAUGCCAGUGAUCUGCUCAAUCUGGUCCUGUCUUUUGCAGAAGAAGAGGAUGCAGGUCACAUCUUUGAAAAGAGGACUUCAGUGGACAUAGCCAAUCUGUACAGCCAAGGAGUUGGAGACCCAAUUGAGCCGUCAGAUGUUUCAGAAGACACAGCCACAGGAGCGAGUGACAGUUUCACAGAUAUAAAGGAGUCAAAAUGGACUGAAAGGCUUACACACAACAGACAGGAGAUGUGUGAAGAACAGGCUCAUAGAGAGGCUUUGAGGAAGAAGAACAUUAUUCCUUUUUUCCACCCAGAAAACAUUCCAGUAUACCAGACUCUGCUCCAGCACCAAAUGCCAGACAUGAGGAGUUUAUCUAUGGACCUCCCUCCGCUCCCCAAGUCAGGCAGCCCCGAGGCUUUCCUGAAAGAUGCCCCACAAGAGAAGACCCCACGACCCAUAAACCCAACACCGUCUCAAUCGGCAAGUCCUGCAGGAAGAAGUGACAGGAUGCUUGAAAAAAGGCCCACCAACCCCACGCCUCAGACUGCCGGUUUGUGUGUGUGUGUCUCCAUGCCAGGUGGAAGCAGUCUGAGGGGUUCAUCUGGACAAUGUAAGUCAGUCCAGGUGGACGUGACUGGAAGGCCCAGGAGGACUAAAGUCAGACUACCAACCUCGAUCCUCGGCUCUAAACCUUACAGCGUACCAAAUGAAAAGUUCCUGGCAGUGGAUGAGCCAGUGAGGAGGAAGUGUCGAACUAUUUCUCUGACUGAUCCAAGUGUCAUAACGAGGGGAUUCCUGCUGCUCCCGUCCAGUGUUGACUUUGGCACACAGCAGGAGGUCACCUCCUCUGCCAUUACCGUGGUGAUGAAGAAUGUGGGCGUUGACACCUGCAGGUUCUAUGUGAAACAGCCUCCUCCUGCUACAGGCCUCCGGGUCAUCUACAAUCCUGGGCCUGUGGCUGCAGGUCUGCAUGUUCAACUGCAGGUCCAGCUGUUCGCCAUGUGUACAGUCCAAGCAGGAGAGGUAGAGUUAAAGAAGUACAUCUCCCAGGACAUCAUCAUCCACACUGAGACAGACAUCCUCUACCUGCCUGUCACUGCAACCAUCCUUCCUGAGAGGUUAUAUGGCAUUUGGCUCCAGGACAACAUGGGUACACACAAGAAGAAAGGCUCCAGGGUCCGUCAACUUUCUCCCAGCGGACCAGUUGGACGUUGGGGCCGCACAUCCCCACAGACGACCCGUUACCCUUCUGACAAGUCCUUCGGCAAAUGAGGGACAUCUUAAUUGGACCACUCCUCUGCAAGCGAACGGACUACACAUCACCGGUCUCCCAUCAGAU